CAGGGCGCUGUGCACUCUGGCAAACAUUUGCGGGAGGUCAGUGCCGACAUCGUCCUUCCCAAAUGUAGCGUUGGCCUACCAUAUAGUCAGUACGACACGUACGAAUCUGAUGGAUGGGUUGGCAUCGGCGGUUACUCAGCCGGCGGUUUGAUCCAGACUGGUGUAUCCUGCUAUGUUCAACAAGGGAAAGAUCCGUACUACAAGAUGUGGACGGAAUUCUACCCUGCACUCGAGACCUUCUAUGAGGAUGAGAACUUACGAGCUGGCGACGUGAUUUCCGCUCGUGUGGUAGCGCACAGCGAGUCAUCUGGAACUACAUAUCUCCACAAUAAGCGAACAGGCAAGAAGUUUUCGAAGACCUACACCAACGAGACGAGCGAGUUGAACUUUGAAGACGUCGAGUGGGUGACCGAAUCGCGACUCUUUACAAACCAACUUGGUCCGCAAGGUAGUCCCGAUGCCAAAUUCACACCUUGGGAAUUCCGGAACGCCGCGUAUGCCCAUAAAGGCGGCAAGAAGCAGAAGUUUAGACUUGUUACAGGCAGUCACAUGCUUGAUACUGUGCUAAAUAACGCUACCAUUGCUAAGGGUAUCCUUAUUAGUCCAGGACAUAUCCAAGUUAACGACACAACCCCUACAAACUUCACUGUUCCUGGAUUCCCCUAG